AUAAGGCAGGCGCCAUGAGUACAAUACAAGAUGACUGUCAAAAUGACAUUUAAGCCAGGGUGUUGCAAUGCAAACCGACAAAUAGAUGUACAGUUUAUCUAAUUUUAUCUAGAUGUAUCAUCAUUUGUCUGCGAAAGAUGAUGACACAGUAUUUGAAUGCAUGUAAAACCAUGCAAAAUUGUUACCGACAUUGGAAUUAAAACCAUUAGACCUAUUUGUCGUCUCUUUAUAACAUAAGGCCUUGUGGAGAAGGCCAGUCAAAGGAGGUGAGAAAACGGAAAAGAUGGCGUUACGAAAAUGGCCUGUCCUGUUGCUACAGCUGCUGUAUUUGAUUGGGAUUUUAAGAUCGAGUGCUGGGCUUUCCAGGCAACCACUUGCUCAUCAAAGUAAUGUUUUUGCAAUUAAACUGUACAACAAGAUCCGAAUGUUACCGCCAAAGUCGAAUAUAUUGUUCUCCCCCUUCAAUAUCCAUAGCGCACUAAGCAUGCUGGAACUGGGCGCUCGAGGAAAAACCAAAGUACAAAUGGACAUCGCCCUGGGGAUAGAGCAUAUUACCGAUCUUCAUGAAGAUUAUAAGAAUAUGCUUGAUGCCAUGGUGGACCCUAACAACAACACCACUCUCCGUAUUGCAAAUAGAUUAUUUGGGGACCAGGGAUUCUCUUUUAAUACCAGCUAUAUUGAGGACUGUCUUGCAUAUUAUGGAGCUCCACUGGGACGCCUUGAUUUUGUAAAUUCUCCGGAAGAAUCAAGGACUGAGAUCAACAGAUGGGUCGAGGAGCAAACGGAAGACAAAAUCAAAGAUCUUCUCGAACCGGGCGAUAUCACCCCCUCUACUAUUCUGGCUCUCGUAAGUGCUGUGUAUUUCAAGGGUAAAUGGACAUCCCCCUUCGACCCCUCGCAGACCAGAAAACACCCUUUCUAUACUGCUAAUCCUCGCCCCACGUUAGUCGAUAUGAUGACACAGACUGGACGAUUUAGGUAUGCCCAUAGUAAGAUAUGGCAGGCCUCCAUGAUAGAAAUCCCUUACGAAGGAACGGCCGGCAUGCUGAUCAUACUACCCGACCAGCGUGAUGGACUCAGCCAUUUUCAAUCUGAGUUUACCGCUGAUGAAUUGUCUAGACUUUUUUCUUCCAUGCAAGAGACGAAGGUUUCUGUGUCGCUGCCCCGUUUUGAAUUAGAGGACAUGCGCGUUGAUUUAAAAGAUUCGCUCGAGAGUCUUGGGAUAACCGACCUGUUCUCGUCCAAUGCUGACCUGUCAGGCAUAGGAGGUAUGCCUGGCGAUCUAAAGUUAUCAAAGAUAAUUCACGAAGCCUACAUCAAAGUAGAUGAAGAGGGAACGGAAGCGGCAGCAGCCACGGCAGCCAAAGUAACCACAACAUCCGUACCCCUGUCCUUCACCGCUGACCAUCCCUUUUCGUUUUGGAUAUUUGACAAUAGCACUGGCGCCCUGUUGUUUGGUGGCAGGUUAAUUGAUCCUCCAGAAUCACCUUGUACUGGUGGUCAAGUAAGAAUGGAGUGCGCAUCCACCUGCGAGAUCAACUGCCAAAACGUUUUGGAACCGCCUGUAGGUUGCAGCCUGCAGUGCACCCCUACAUGCCAGUGUCCCCGUAGUCGUCCCGUGUGGCACAAUGGCAAGUGCAUCACCGCUGACCAAUGUCCAGGCUGUCCAGGAGGGCAGGUGUACGAGGAAUGUGGGUCAGCCUGUAACGUCACGUGUGAGAAUGUAGAUAAGGAUAGAGGGUGUACCUUACAGUGCGUACCCAGAUGCCAGUGCCCUCGCAACUUGCCUGUUUGGCACAACGAGAAGUGUGUUACAGCCGAGGCUUGUGCGUUGAAGCCACGACCAGCCGUCACGUGCACUGGAGGACAAGUCUUCAAAGAAUGUGGGUCAGCGUGUGACGUCACGUGCGAGAACGUGGGGACUCCUAUACCAUGUACCAAACAGUGUGUGCCUAAAUGCCAAUGUCCUGCAGAGGCCCCAGUUUUGCAUAAGGGACAGUGCAUUAAAGCGGAGGAAUGCCCGUCGUGUCCAGGAGACAAAGUGUAUAUGCAGUGUGGACCUGCGUGUAAUGUCACGUGUGAUAACGUCAACAACCUUAUCUGCAGCCUCAGGUGUGUUGAAGGGUGUCACUGUCCAUCGGAACGCCCAGUUUUGCAAAAUGACAAGUGUAUCACGGAAGAAGAGUGCACUGCAUCAGGCGAAUGCACCGGAGGACAAGUCUUCACAGAAUGCGGUUCAGCAUGUGACGUGACAUGUGAAAACGUGGGCUCCCCUAUACCAUGUACGAAGCAAUGUGUCCGAAGAUGCCAGUGUCCUAAAGAUAAACCAGUUUGGCAUAACAGACAGUGUAUAACUGAAGAACAAUGCCCAGCAUGUUCUGGUGGUCAAAUUUACAAAGAAUGCGGUUCAGCGUGUGACGUCACAUGUGAAAACGUGGGUUCCCCUGUACCAUGUACAAAGCAAUGUGUCCGAAGAUGCCAGUGUCCUCAAGACAAGCCAUUGUGGUAUAAUGACCAGUGUGUUACGGCCGGGCAGUGUCCAGUCUGCUCUGGUGGACAGAUUUAUAAAGAAUGCGGAUCAGCUUGCGACGUCACAUGUGAAAACGUGGGCUCUCCGAUAAUAUGUACUAGGGAAUGCGUCCGAAGAUGUCAGUGUCCUCAAGACAAGCCAGUUUGGUAUAAUGGCCAGUGCAUUGCUGCCGAACAGUGCCCAGUCUGUUCUGGUGGACAGGUCUACAUGGAAUGCGGUUCAUCUUGUGAGACCACGUGUGAGAAUUUGAAUUCUCUAAUGCCCUGUCCAUUGAUAUGUGUUCCAAAAUGUCAGUGCCCUUCGGAACUACCAGUAUGGCACAACAAGCAGUGCAUCCUAGAGGAACAGUGCCGUGUAUCACCACUUGCGUCCGUCACCACCACGUGCGCUGGGGGACAGGUCUUCAAACGAUGUGGGUCUGCGUGUGACGUCACGUGCGAGAAUGUGGGAUCUCCUAUACCAUGUACCAAACAGUGCGUACCGAGAUGCCAGUGUCCGCCAGAGGCCCCAGUCUGGCACAAUGACCAGUGCAUCACCUCGGAAGGGUGUCCAGUUUGUUCUGGUGGGCAAGUCUACACAGAGUGCGGAUCAGCUUGUGACGUCACAUGUGCAAACUGGAACAAACCCACACCGUGUACCGCACAGUGUGUUCAGAAGUGCGAGUGCCCAGCAGACAAGCCUAUAUGGCACAAUGGUCAGUGUGUUACUUAUGACCAGUGCCCACCUUGCACAGGUGGACAGGUCUUCAAGAGAUGUGGGCUGGACUGCGAGAUCACGUGUGAGAAAGUGAAUACACCUAUACAGUGUAGAUUGGACUGUGUUCCUAAAUGUAGGUGUCCUCUCAGCCAGCCCAUAUUUCAUAAUGGGGAGUGUAUCAAGAAGGAGGAAUGCCCAGACUCAGCCGUUGGAAAUUUUACUGGCUGGAGUCUUUGGGGCUCGUGGAGCACAUGCUCAAAAACGUGUGACGGAGGAACACGAACGAGAUCUCGCAGGUGUGGACGAGGUAGCUGCGAUGGAGAUGACACUCAGAGUGAGGCCUGUAAUACUCAAUGCUGCUUUGCCACUAAGUUCCCGCCUCGAGGGUAUGACUGCACCAGAAACCCAUGGCUGUGUCUUAGCUGUUAUGGCGGCGGUAACAUCUCUAUAGACCAUGUGUGUCGCUAUCCGCCAUGUUCAGUGUUCCCGGAAGCCUGUCGCUAUCCGCCUCGGUUUUCUCUGGCCUGCAAGCCCGAUCCGAGUCUGGCGUUAAUAGAACGCCGAGUGAGAGCCAUGUGCCAGGGCAAGCCUCACUGCAAGGUUCCAAUGCCGUGUGGAGGACCCUGGUUGAAGUCAAUGGCGGUACAGUACAGGUGUUGCUGUCAGACAGAAGACGAAGUGAAACCACCUCCAGAGGAAUGCACGGGUGGACAGGUCUUCAAAGAGUGUGGUUCAGCUUGUGACGUCACGUGUGAGAACGUGAACACGCCUAUUCCAUGCACCAAGCAAUGUGUCAGGAGGUGCCAGUGCCCCAGUGACAAACCAGUCUGGUACAAAGGACAGUGCGUAACAGCAGACCGAUGCCCUGUGUGUACAGGCGGGCAGGUUUACAAAGUUUGCGGCUCUGCGUGUGACGUCACUUGUGAAAAUCCGGACUCGCCUGUACCUUGCCACAAAAUGUGCGUCGAAAGGUGUCAGUGCCCAACAGACAAACCAGUAUGGUUCCAGGGUCAAUGCGUUACUGCUGACAAAUGCCCAAAAUGUUCCGGGGGUCAAAUCUACACAGAGUGCGGAUCAGCUUGUGACGUCACUUGCGGAAACUGGAACAAACUAACGCCAUGUACAUUGCAGUGUGUUCAGAAGUGUGAAUGUCCCACGGACAAGCCUAUAUGGCACAAUGGUCAGUGUGUUACUUACGACCAGUGUCCAGUAUGCACUGGUGGUCAAGUUUUUAAGAGAUGCGGUCUGGAUUGUAAUGCCACGUGUGAGAAGGUCAAAACGCCCAUCAAGUGCCGACUGGACUGCAAUCCUAAGUGUAGAUGUCCCUUCCGUCGCCUCAUACUUCACAACGGCCAGUGCAUCUCCAAGAACGAAUGUCCAGAUCCAGGUAUGUUAUAA